CUUUCUUUCGCUUAAAGAAUUUUUACAAAAGGUAUUUCCAUCCAAAAUCUUGUUCGCAUCCAUCCGUUAUCAAAUCUUUGUCUAUCCGUUCAAAUGUUUUGUGCAUUCGAUUCGUCUCCUUCUGCUCCAUCUUUUUGAAUUAAUACGCUUUCUUGCAUCUCUUUGAUCUCGUCUUCAAUUUCGACAUUCAACACAUUUGUGAAAAGAUUUUCGUAUAACUCCCGAUCAUUAAACUAUGUCAAUUUCACCAGAGUUUACCUGGGCAGAUAUUGCAGCUGUUGGGAACGCCAAGAAGGUUCUUCUUCCCAUACAUGUCUCUGAUGAGACUGAUUCUGAAUACAAGCGUGAAACUACCAUUAUUUACGAAGAUGAAUGUCUAGAGGCUCUCAUCUUAACACAACAAGCGAUGUCCAUCGUAAAACAAAUGUUGACUGAUGGAUCUGUUUUGUUUUCUUUCCCCGCGACCGUAUUCAAGCAUCGUGUCGAGGCUUACGAGGCCAUUGAAUCCCAAUGUGGUCCUCUACACGGCGUUAGACCCAUUAGUUAUUAUGGGGUUCCUUCUGACAGUAAAAUGUUGUUGGAGGUUAAGUUUCUGGAUGAUGGUAGCACUAUGAAGGCUAUCACCAGUGGUGUCUCUGUUCAAGACAAGAUUUUUAAAGCUUUUCGAACAAAUUUUUCCGACAAAAAUACUCUCGUACACGUCAAGUUCUCGAUUUUAUAUAUCCCAGAUCAAGAAAACUUUCUGGAAGAUUUUUUAGCAUCUCUAGUGUAUUAUGGACAAGUAUUACAAAUCAAGGAGUAUUCCUGUGGUCGUUACUUUGAGGGUCAGAUGUCCGUCAUUCUGAACACUGCGGUAGGCUACACGGAUGAAGAUGAUGAAUAUCACGCUAGUGUACCUUUGUCAAACAGCUUGUAUCUAUCCGAAUGGGACUGUUUUGCUACUGCCACCUUUAAAGGUGCUCCUUCUGUGUGUCAUUGGUGCCAUGUUGCUGGUCAUAUUCGUUCCAAAUGCCCGGAAUUAGCGAAGACCAAAUGUUUUGUAUGUCAUAGUCAUGGUCACACAGCCAAGUUUUGUAAGAGGGGAAAACGUUCCGUUGUUAGGCAGCCUGUUUCCGCUGAAGUAUCCCAAGAUAUUGACUUGGAUUCAACUGAUUGUCUUGAUGCCAAUAUUGUGUCCGACUCAGACACUGAUAUUUCUGAUGUAUCUACAUCGCCCAAGAUUGUUUCCCGUGGUUCCGAGGCUUCCAAUUUUGCAACUACUGUUGCUAGUGUGUCUGGAGAGGUGGACCAUGUAAUGGAUACCACCACUCUUCCUUCUUCAAACGCAGAAUUGGUUGGUAGAACUGGUGGGACCGAUAAAGAUCUUAGUCCGCAACGUUCUGCUUUAGGUAAACAUCCUGCCUCUAAACAGAGCGUGAAAGGGACGUUUCCCAAAUUGGUGGCUCGAACACCCCCUACUCUAAAAGGUCAUAAUUUGUUUACGAAGACUAAGGUUGUUAAAAAAUAACCAUUUUAAUUUCCCCUUUCGUUUUACGUAUAAUUCACGUAUUGCUAAAUAAACUUACUGUUCAU